CGUCAAAGUAGCAAAGACGUCAAUCAUCUUACCAGAAACCAACCACAAAAGCCUGCCGGGACCUCCACCCGACAAACCUUCAUGCGCUUCGUCGAUGAUCCCUUAUCUAGACCCGGCACUCCGGCAAUGGCACAGGACGCGUUCCCCUCUCCUGGUACUCUAGCUGUUGGGGUAACGACACGGAGACGGGAAGCAGUCAGGGUAGCCACCGGCCCGGUGUGGGCGCGCUCUUGCCUUCGUAUCAUCAAGAUGCGGACGAGCGGAAUGGAUUGAUUGAUUGAUAUACUAGCCAUGUUGGAGUCUGAGCUUGUACACUUUGCUCCUCCACAUACCCUCUGACCACGCCCAAUUUGUUGCUGACUUUGUCAAAGCCUCAACGAAGCUAUGCAUCCCAAGCCACUUCGGAGCAUCAAGAAGGUCUUGGUGGCCAAUCGUGGCGAGAUUGCUGUCCGCUGCAUCAAGGCCUGCCGCGAACUCGGUGUCCACAGCAUUGCCAUCUAUACAGACGCCGACACAACAUCACUACAUGCCUUGUUGGCAGACGAGGCGAUCGCGCUGCGGGGUAACGACACAUACACAGAUGGCGACGCCAUUUUGGGGAUCUGUAAACGCACAGGCGCCGAUGCCGUCGAGAAUGCCGGCUUUGCCGAUGCCGUCACAACUGCAGGCAAGAUCUUCAUCGGUCCUUCAUCCACUUCUAUCAAGGCUAUGGCUAUUGCUGAAGCUGUCAAUGUGCCCGUAAUCCCUGGCACUUCGUUAAUCCCAUCAACGAGCGAGGCUAUAGAGGGCGCCAAGACGCUCGCCACCGGAGGAGGAGGCGGCAUGGCAUUCGUCACGAACAACGGUGUCUUCCUGGAAAAGUACUAUGCCCGCUCCCGACACGUUGAGGUCCAAGUCUUUGGAAACGGCGAGAAAGUGUGUUCUCUUCAACGACGCCACCAGAAGGUGGUUGAAGAGUGCCCCAGUCCAUUUGUCGAGCGGACGCCAGGCCUACGCGAAAAAAUGCUUCAGGCAGCAGUCAAUGCCGGCACCGUUGAGUUCUUGAUGAACACGCGCCUCCAGAUGUGCUAUGCCGACUACGAGCAUGGCGGUCAGCUUGGCAUCCCCUCGAACGAGCUACGAAGCCUUCCGGAAGCGCAGCCAAACGGAGCGGCCAUCGAGGUCCGGGUAUAUGCUGAAGUGCCCCUGCUCGACUUUGCUCCCAGUCCGGGCCUUCUACAGCAUGUCAGCUGGCCUAAGGGCGAUGGUAUCCGUGUAGACACAUGGGUGAAGAGCGGUCAGCAAAUCACGCCCCAUUACGACCCUCUGAUCGCCAAGGUCAUGAAGAUGCUCGCCGCUCUGGCUCAAACUGCAUUGCAAGGUACACAGACGAAUUUGCAGUACCUUUCGCAAGUGCUGCGCGACACGCUCACCUCUUUCGUGUCCAAUUUCAAGACCAAGGUGUGCGCUAUGCAAGUCCUUAACCCUGGUCUCUUUACUACGGUCCAGGAUUAUCCGGGGCGUCCAACUAUCGGACACGGCGUGCCUCCCGGCGGACCAAUGGAUGAUUUGAGCAGUCGGGCGGCAAACAUCCUCGUUGGCAAUGAUCCUCAGGUCGAAGUCCUUGAGAUAGCUAUGUCUGGUCCGGAACUCUUAUUCCACGAAUCGGCCGUGGUGGCCGUAUGUGGCGCCCAAGUGCCCAUUAGCGUUGAUGACACGGAGCAAACGAUGUGGUCUAGAUUCAUUGUGCGGCAGGGGCAGACGCUCAAGAUUGGCGGCGUCAAAGGUGACGGUCUUCGAACCUACCUUGCAGUCAAAGGAGGCUUCCCAGACAUACCUUUCUAUCUCGGUUCCAAAUCAACAGCGCCAGAGCUUGUUUUUGGCGGUCUUCAAGGGCGCAAGCUUCAGAUCAACGACCUACUCGCCCUUGCCCCGGAAUCAGCCAAUUGGGCAGCCGCAGCCACACCCUUUUCCUUACCACAAAAGGCAAUUCCUGACUACGGAUACUCGGAGAUAUUCUGCCUUAAUGGUCCCUAUGGCUCGGAAGAUAUACUCACCCCUGAGGGCAUGUCGACAAUUACCAACUCCACAUGGACCGUCAGCCACAAUAGUAGUCGUAGUGGUAUUCGACUAGAGGGUUCACGGCUGAAGUGGGCACGCACCACCGGCGGGGGAGGCGGGUCCCACCCAUCAAACGUCUUCGAUUACGGGUAUCCCAACGGCGGUGUCAAUUGGACCGGGGAGUUUCCAAUCAUCUUUUCCCGCGACCGGCCGGACCUGGGUGGGUUUGCUUGCGCUGUCACCAUCUGCUCGGCUGAGAUGUGGAAACUUGGUCAACUGAAGUCGGGCGACAGUGUGCAGCUGCGACUUGUCUCCUUCGAGGAUGCCAUGAAAAUCAAGCACACCAACGAGGCUUACUUGAAGUCUUUGAGUGCUCUCGUAGACGGCAAAGAGACAGAAGUUGUGCCACUUAAGUUGGAAUUCGGAUCCCGGACCACAACUUCAAUAUUACAUAUGGCCAAACCCAACGGUGAUCACCCUCGCGUUACUUACAGGCAAGGUGGCGAUACUUCCAUCAUAGUCGAGUAUGGCGAGCAAAUUGCGGAUUUGCGCAAUACGGUCUGCGUUCAUAUUCUUGAGGAAAAGCUUGCCGCGUGCAACCUUGCAAGCGUGCGCUGUGAGCCGAACCUCGCUACACUCACAGUGCAUUACGAUCCGCUCCGGAUCUCUCAAUCCGAGCUGCUGCAGAAUUUGGUUGCACAAGACAGGAGUAUCGAAGAGAUUGUUGGCAUCAAGGUGCCCGUUCGCGAAUUCAACCUGCCGCUGUACGUGGACCAUCCCACAAUCACCGAAGCGACGGAAAGAUACAUGGAGAGUGUUCGCCCCACCGCCGCUUACCUCCCGGACAACGUCGAGUAUUUGCGGAAGAACAACGCGUUGGAAACUCGCCGCGAUGUGUUUGACUCGCUUUUGAAGACGCCCUGGCUCACAGUUGCCGUUGGCUUCUUCCUCGGAACCCCUGUCAUGUUUCCGCUCGACCCUAAGUAUGUGUUCACGGGGCAGAAAUACAACCCUAACCGCGCGUACACUCCGAGCGGCUCAGUCGCUCUCGGGGGGUCCCUGCUUGUUGUCUAUCCUGUGACUUCGCCGGGCGGCUACCAGCUCAUGGGCCGCACGUUGGGUACGUGGGAUCUGAUGGGCACUCGCGCCGGCUUCUCCCCGACGCGACCUUGGUUGUUCAAUAAUUUUGACAUUGUCAGAUUCCACGAGGUCUCCAAGGAAGAAUUUGACCAAGUUGAAAGGGACUUUGAAGCCGGUAGAUAUGUGUUCGACAUAUCCGACGGGACUAUCAGCAUGGACGAGUACAUUGCCAAGUUUGACGCCGCAGCGCGUGAUCCAGCGCAUCUAGAAUGGCGCAAGCGACAGGAUGCCGCAGCCCAGGAGAUGGGAGAGCUCGAACAGCGGCUCUUUGGUGAAUGGACUGCUGCCAAGGCGGAAGCUCUGUUGAAAAAGAAUGCCGUGGCUAUUGAGUCGCCCAUGAAUGCCAAUGUCUGGAAAGUCCUGGUUGAGGUCGGAGACGUGCUUGAGGAGAAGCAGACAGUCGCUAUCUUGGAGGCGAUGAAGAUGGAAAUCAAGGUGAUUGUCCCAGACUCUCAUGUGGGAGCAGUCGUGACGAAGAUUACACGUCCGCCAGGGAGUGUCGUCAGUCCUGGUAUGCCCAUAGUAGUUGGCAAGAAAGCUUCUUAGCUCAAGGUAGGCGGCGUCGUUGCAAUAAUUUUGAGCUGCUAAAAUCCACGCUGGAAUCGACCG